AUGAUCAGUCCAUUCCAGCUUAACCAGAUAGCGAGCCCAAAGCUUGUGUUCACAAAGAGUAUCUUGGACGUGAAGACGACAAGCAACAAUAUAAAUCAGGAGUUUGUCAACACUAUUAAAGGAGUAGUGUGCGAAUACACAUUCACAAAAAGAACUGACCCAGAAAUCCCUCGAGAUGACAUUGCAAUGGAUGUAUACUUCCUGUUAGACGAAUCAAACACUGUUCAGAACCAGGAUUUUGCCACUGUCAAACAAUUCAUGCAAUCAAUCAUGCAAACGUUUGUGAUUGACGGAGACUCUGCUAUGGUAGGAGUUAGAAAGUUUGGAGAGCAGUCCUUCACUGCAUUGGCGCACAUGAUUCCCAUUAACGCUCACACGUCCCAAUCGUCACUCUUCAACGCCAUAAACAGUAUGUCACUGAACAUCUUCAAUAACGGCCGAAGAAAUGUCCUAUCGGCGCUGUCCAUGUUGGAGUUAGACUUGGCUGCCAGGGGCAACAGUCGUCCAGCUAUUGUGGUGUUGGUGUUGACUGGCUCGGCUUCAGACUCCACGGCAGCCAUUCAGAAAGCGCACGAGUUGCAGGCAAACUACAAAAAUAUGUUUAUGGUGGUUCUUGGAGUUGGCUCUGACAGCCAGGCUUGGGACUCUGAGAGGAACCUGUUUGCCUACGAUGUUGGCACCGCGUUUUGGACCCAGAACUUUGCGGGAAUCAGUGGCGCUACGGCAGAUUCUGCUGCUUUUAUUCAGAGGAUACGCAACACCAUCAAACAAUGUGUGGCUCAGAAGUGGAGAGAGACCUUCGACAUCGUUUUCCUAAUUGACGGCUCCGAGCGCAUGAACCCUCUGACCCAUUUCUCCAUCACCAAGUAUCUACUAAAGGAACUCAUCGAUCAGUUUGACCUUGCUGUAGAGCUGCAGAGCGGUGGGGGCCGGGUGGCAGUAGUCAUAUUUGACGCCUCAGGAUGGUACUACGCCUUGACAUUUGACAUGUACUCCUCCCGUGAUCAGCUGUACAACCUGAUUAGCAAUAUGAAGGUCAUUCAGCGAAACAAGUACGCCGACAACUCAGUUGGUCUGAGAGCUAUGAGGGAGUACUUUGCCCAGCAUGUUCGCGAGCCUGCUGCCCAGCUGGGGUUCCUGCUGACCUUGAGCACAUCCAACAACCUACUGCUGGCGGAGGCAGAGGCCAAACAGAUGGCCCUGGCUGGCGUGCAGAUGAUUGUCGUUGGGGUCGACUCAGGCGUCAAAGCGGAUGAACUCAACAGCCUAGAGGUAUUUGUCCCCAAUGGAGGCCCGGUGACCCUUACUGCGCUGGGAUCCCUGGCAUCUACUGAGGUCCUCAAUGAACUGAAGACCAACAUACGCACUUAUGCUGCCAUCAACCGACCUGAGGGCAAAUAUUUCCCCUGGAGUAGCAGGUUUGACCUGAUCAUCAUGUUGCAUGACAACGCAGGAGUCACUGACAGUCGGGCGAAGAUCUUUCUCACUGACCUCCUGCAAAGGUACCAGAUUAGUCCAAAUGAAGUUAGAGUUGGAAUCAUCACGUUUGGGAAAAUUGUGAACAAAGGGGCCAAUCAGCAGAUUGUUCUAGGGUCCAAACCCUUUCUUGGGGAGCUUGUCCUUGCCAUACUUGACCUUGACCUAACCCCGACAGGUGGGGCAAAUGUGCAGGCAGUGAUGAUGGAGACCCAGACAAUGUUUAACUCGAUGGGCCGUUCUGGUGUGCCCAAAUUAGCUCUUCUUGUCAUGGAAGGGGACGUUAUCUUUGAUGAUGUAAGAACAGUCCGGGACCAGCUACAGGCAAAUGGUAUCUUCAUAGCAUCAGUGGGAGUUGGGCAAAGUACCAGCAAGGUGGACAUGGAGGUGCUGGCGUUCAAUCCGGAACUGGGUUUCAUGAUGCCUAACUGGGGACGAGUGAUCAUCACACCUCCUAUGGACGCUAACAUUGUCGCACUGUCGCGUAACCAGUUCACUCCAUCAAGCAUUGGAGACAUCUUGAGAUUGCCAAAUGUAUGUGCCAAUCCUGCCAGCCUAUUGUACUUAGUGGACCUUUCUGACAGCAUGCUCAACAUAAUUGAUAACACAAAGAAGUUUGCUGCAGCAUUAAUGAGCGGGUUCCAGAUGCCCAUUGUCAAACAAGGAGCCAUUGGUUUUGGCACAACUGUUAUUCAAUCAACAGUGAUUGAACUAAAUUCCUUUUCCACGUACCUUGAAUUGUACAUAAAUUUCAUGAGCAAAAUGGUGCCUGAUUCAACAUCAAUGGGCACUGGAACAUUUGACGCCAUCCAGCGUGGAACUAACAUUUUCUCAUCGAUUGUUGGUGAGAAAAUCAUGAUCAUUUUCACUGAUGGGAAGUCUGACAACCCUGCUCUUACAAAGACGCGAGCACAGGAAGCAAGGAAUGCGAGCAUCGGACUGGUUGCUAUUGGUGUCGGCAGUGGUAUACAGCAGCAGGAUCUGUUGGACAUCUCUGGGAGUUCGGACAGCAUCUUCCAAUUCGAAAACCAGGACUUGUUGGAUGUGACAAAGCUACAAAAGGUUCAGGAGGUUGUGUGCACAGCCACAAGACCUGGAGAUACAAAUCUGAUGAUCAAAAUUUGA